AUGUCCCGAGAGCAGCUCCUGGCUCGGCCAAAGUCACGCCUGGAGGAGUUGCCUGCGGAAUUGGUUCAGGAGAUAUUCCUCCGCUGUCUGGAGAUCAAUCUUGCCCGGGCUUCUAUCUACCUCGCCCGGGCGCUCUCCAACCCCAUUAUCUAUAAAUGGCUUGUUCAAUUGGCCUUCGUCAAAACGGACGGCGAAGGGGACACUUCUCUUACGCGAGAAUUUGUGACAUCGUAUGAUGUUGUUGGCCACAUCGAGCGUGAUGAAUUGAAAAAGCUCCGUACUCGGAUUCUUGAAUGCCGGUGGUGCACAUUGCCCCUGAUUCGCGACUGUCAGCUUGCGUUUUUGAACCAUGUCAUCAAAUAUAAACGUCGCCAUUUCGAUAUCAUUCCUGAGGAUAGGUCUCUUCUUGCUGGAUUUGCGCAAAGGUUCGAUGAUCUGAAGGCCUGUGAUAAGGCACCGAAUGGUCAGCGCGGCCAAAGCGAUUUGGUUCUGCGGGCCAACCGGUCAGAUCGCGAAUUCAACGGAUCCGAUUCCAAACGCUCGCACGACUACAAUAUUGCGGUAUGGUUCCACCUUGGCAUUAUUGAAGUCCUUCCAGUGGGAGACAGCAAACCAUCUGGGAAGAUUUACUUUGAGGUCCCGUGCUGUGAGGAUGCCCGCCUUCCUGCCAAGCUGCUUUGUGCGCCCUGGACAGAGGAAAAGCUUGAGUUUUUGCAAUUAAUCUCAACAAGGGCAUUCCUCGACAGAGAUACUGAGUUUCGUCGUGCUACUCGUACUUUGCGCCGCCUGAUCCGUGACCGUGAUCUAGCUACAUUCACGCGGCUGCUGCACCUUUACGUGCGGAUCGAGUGCUAUGGCUUCCCUAUCAUUUGGCCAACCAACAAUAUAGUGUUUCGAGCCGCUUUGAAAUGUGCGGCUGGACCUGGUGAUCCUUUCGUGCGCUUGCUGGUUGAGGAGCGGUGGGGCCAUAUUGAGCCUGAGGAUAUUUUGCUGAAGGAGAAGCUCCUCAAGAGUCUUCAGAGUGGGGAUUGUUCCUGA